AUGAAUAGUGCCCAAUCUAACUUUUCUCCAGCCUUAUCAUCAAGGAACUCAAAACACUCUCCUGACAGUCUAUGGAACACACCACUGCCCCAUCUCAACCUUUUUCAAUCAUACCCUCAAGUUGCAACUCUCGGCCUCAACAACUGCCCUUCUCCCCGAGGGUUACACCCCCCCACAUUUGUUGUGUCGGAUGCAGCACAAGAUGAAGAGACGAAUCAGUCAUCUUCCCCUCUUUCCUCUGCACCUAGUUCCCCCAUGAACACACCACGACGCCGAGCCAUGUCAUUGCCGCCAUUAUCAAGCCCCAGUGUAAUCCAGAGCAGUCCAGUGGUUGGAUCCAAGGAGGAGCGCCUUGCCAUCAAGCGCAGAAAGAGUGCUAGAAAGCGGCAAAUGACCCUUGCCACCUCGAAGGCCAUCGCAUUGGAAGUUGAGGAGGAAUCGCAAAAGUCACGUCUCGAAAAUGUUCUCCGAUAUCUUGAGAAUCAGGAUGUUAGCCUUGGCGAGGUGAAUGAGUAUGUUUUUGAUCCACACAAUGGGCAGGGCUCUCACCGAUGGGAUGGUUUUUUCCGCGAGCAUGGUCGUGCCACACGAAUCCUGAAUUGGUGGGUAGCAUCAUCAAACAGCAUGACUGCCCGGGGCGAGGUCCAUGAAUGGGCAGUCCAAUAUGUUGCCAAUGCUGUUUCACGCGAGGCAGGUGCAAUAACACGUCAAGGAAUUCUGCGAAAACCAAUUAUCGACAAUGGUUUUGUCGAAGAUUUCAGUUUCGAGAACCUCUACCAGAGCCUUCGGAACCAAUUUGCGACUGUAACCACCUGCAUCUUUGAGUCUCUGGCCACAUCAUCCAGACAAUUGGCUAGCGGUCUCACACCUGCAAGAAUGGGCAAAAAGAGAAUGGUCAUCACCUCAUCGAUUUUGGCGUGUCUUGGUGAAUACAGUCUUUUCAACAAUGUCACCAAGCGUAUGAUGGCCUUGUACCUCUACGCUACUGGCUCCCAACGACAGCCAAUCACGGUUCUUUCGCAUUUAGGCAUUUCCGAAAGUUAUGCCAAUCUUGUCGCAAAGAUACCUUCUGAGAGUGACAAGACAUCUGCCUCUUCGGUCUCAGACUCAAUGAAGCCCAAACGUAUCCGGAAAGUAGCUGGAACACUCAAGCAACUGUCUGACUUUAUGCGUCAGAAAGCCAGGGAUGUCGCAGCAACAGGCUUGUAUGGUGUCGUCUAUGAUAAUAUCAACUUCAUGGCAAAGACUGCUGAGCAAAUUAUUGGACGCAAAGAUACACUGGAAAGUGGCACUUGUGCUACUAUCUGGCCAUUGCAUGGUGCCACCUUAGACGAUAUGAGAUUGUCCGAUCUUCAUCAGUCAUUCAAUGUUGCCCCUCCCUUAUCCAUCACUGACAUCCUCCAUACACGGGAAGAGUCGCAAUUGUUCCGGAAAUGCAUUGUUCAUUGUAUCAUGCGCAUCAUUGUCAGCCAUGGUGGUGAAGGUUUCGAAAAAUUCCAGUCUGACCUCAACAAAUCCCUCCCAAAGACCAACCAGCAAAUUCCUACACAUAAAACAAAGCUUUACCCAUUACCGACUUGGAAGAUUGAUGAGUCCACUAUUGUCGGGAAUGCCGAUGUCGACGCGGCAAUCGUUCGGGAAUUGCACCUUCGAAAUCAGUCAACCAUGUGGAUGCGGCUCACACGGAUUCUCGCAGGAGAUCAAUUAUCAAUUGCGCGACUUCGGGCACUUGCCAAUAUAAGGGCAGGACAUGAGGGAGGAUAUUCAAGUUUUGGAUGGGGUGCAUGGAUGCCUGGGUUAUUCCAUGGGAAGAUUGCGAACAUGCAUGGUUUCUUCGUCACGCAUUGGGGUAAACCGAAUGCAGGUACACGCAAUCCUGGCUGCCUCGCAUUCCACAACACCCAACUCCACCGUCUUCCGAUCUCAGUGACUUCUUUACCCACAUUCCGAGUAUGCCAUGAUCUCAUUUUCGUGUCUUUAUAUGCACGAGUUCUUCAUUGUCUUUUGCUGGUCUCAGGUUGCAAAUCGCUUGCGGAUUACAGCGCCAACGUGGACACACUCGACAAUCUACAGUCACAUGCUACACAGAUCCUCGACUGUUACGCAAACCCGAAGAUUGUAGACGAGCUGCGGUGGCAGCGCUCUGGGACCCAAGUACAAGAAACCCCUUCUGCAAGGUCUGAGGGUGACAUGGUCUUCGAGAAUGCACUCCUUUUUUUGCGUGAUGCCCUUAUCUCGAGAGAGUUCACUGAUGCUGUGAAGAGUGGAGAUUCUGGUCGGGCCCUUCUUGUCCUCAAAGUUUGGGCCCUUAGUUUUCGUGGUAAUGGGCGCACAAAGUACGCAUAUGAGAUGCUACAUUUGAUUCAUAAUCUUACCCAUGUCUGGCCCAAGAAACUCUGUGAGGUCAUCCUUAACAACUGGCUACUGAAUCCCACCGGCAAACCUAAUAGCUUCGUGGAGGUUGAUUUGGUUCAAGAACAUAUGAAUUUCUGGAUUAAGACCUUCUACAAAGCCCAUGGGAGCAACAGGUCAUGGGAAUGGCUUGAAAUGGUCUCACCAUGUGUCAACGCGUUGCGCCAUAUCGCCACGACCAUGAAAGAUAUGCUCGGGACAGAUAUUGGAACACGGCAUGCACCUGCCGAUCUCACAAAAGACAUCACAAUUCUUAUGGAUUCCCUUUUCGAGCACAAGGUUUACCAUUUGACGAAAGGCCGCAUACUGGACAAUGACGACUUUCCGGUGCCAGAUGUGGUUUCAGUUGGACUACAACAGCUUACAGACGGUUCUUCCAAUCCUCUGGCAGAGUACAACAAGGCCUUCAAACGCCUUCAAAACCAACGCAGCACCAACCCCAUCGUGGAACCAGAACCUCUCUCCCGAACCACCCCUGCAAUUUCUCAUGACCAACCUGACAAUUCACACGUCAUUCCACCUGUAGCAGUCGCUCCUGAGGUGAUCAGUUUGGCGGGUGUGGAUAGCGAGGGCGAGGGCGAAGGUGGCGAGGAGGUUGACUUUGAGGAUUCAAUGUUGGAUUUAGAUGAUGGUGACGUGACGUUGGAGAGGUUGGGGAUUGAAGAUGUCGCAUUUGAUAUGGAUAUAGGGGGCAGUAUGGAUGCAGAGGAUGAUGGGGAGUAUCUUGAAGGUGACUGGGAGGAGGAAGCACCAGAAAUCGAGCUUAGCAGUGUCUUCAACGAAGUUUACUAA